UACUGACCUCGUCACAUUUCUAACUGCUCUGACGUUUCAGACUUUUCGAGCUACUGUAGUUGGUUGCUUUACAGUCUCUGGUUGGUUAUUUCGUCCUGGGCGUCCUCGGUGAUAUUUGCAAACGAACAAGCUGAGAAGGCAUUGACCUUUUCUAUAUACCGUAUUAUUAUUUCUAUAUAUCGAUAUUAAAUUAUUUGAGGACAAACAUUUGAUUGAAGUCUCGUCAGCUAAAAUUUUGCCAAGGAGAUAUUUUCAUAAUAACGCUGCUGGAGUGCCUCCGCGCGGAUACGUUUAUCAUAACGUUGGGCUUUAUCACUCAAACACACAACCCGGUAUACGAUCAGAAAUGCUUCUGCGUGGAGUAAGCCAGAGCACCGCUCUGUGUGGUGCUGCCCUCCGUCUUUCUCCCGCAAUAUCUGGGGGUCAACACCAGCUUGGAGCCAUUGUAGCUGUUCAUAAUGCUCGUUUCUACGCCAGUCAGGCCGCCGAAGCGGUGCUGGAGAAGCCGGCGGUUGCCAGUGACGCUGCUGCUAAGGUUGCCUCUGAGAAGAAGCCGCUCAGUCUGGAGUCCCAGUCGUUUGCUGUUAACAUGUUCAAAGGGCAGAUCAGUACGGCUCAGGUGUUCCCCUUCCCUUCAGUGAUGAACGAGGAGCAGACAGAGUUCCUCGGAGAGCUGGUUGGGCCCGUGACAAAGUUCUUUGAAGAGGUGAACGAUCCAGCAAAGAACGACGUGCUGGAAAAGGUGGAGGACAGCACGAUGGAGGGGCUGAAGGCGAUGGGGGCUUUCGGCCUGCAGGUGCCAGCUGACCUGGGGGGCUUGGGCCUCACUAACACACAGUAUGCCAGGUUAGUGGAGAUCGUGGGCAUGCACGACCUUGCCGUCGGCAUCACUCUGGGCGCCCACCAGUCUAUUGGCUUCAAGGGCAUCCUGCUGUUUGGGAACAAGGAGCAGAAGGAGAAGUACCUGCCCAAGCUGGCCUCCGGAGAGACCCUCGCAGCCUUCUGCCUGACAGAGCCAGCCAGCGGCUCAGACGCCGCCUCCAUCAAGACUACAGCUGUGCGCUCCCCCUGUGGACAGUACUUCACCCUCAACGGGGGCAAGAUCUGGAUCAGUAAUGGAGGCUUAGCAGAGAUCUUUACUGUGUUCGCCAAGACACCAAUGAAGGAUGAAAAGACUGGAGAGAUGAAAGACAAGAUUACUGCUUUCAUCGUGGAGAGGAGCUUUGGUGGAGUUACUCAUGGCCCCCCAGAGAAGAAGAUGGGCAUCAAGGCGUCCAACACGGCGGAGGUGUACUUGGAUAACGUGCGGGUGCCCCUGGACUGCGUGCUGGGCGAGGUGGGCGGCGGCUUCAAGGUGGCCAUGAACAUCCUGAACAACGGGCGUUUCGGCAUGGCGGCGGCCCUGUCCGGCACCAUGAAGGGGGUCAUCACCAAGGCCGCGGAUCAUGCCGCCAACAGGACUCAGUUCGGGAACAAGAUCCACAACUUUGGGGCGAUCCAGGAGAAGAUGGCACGCAUGGCCAUGCUCCACUAUGUCACUGAGUCUAUGGCCUACAUGGUCAGUGGGAACAUGGAUAGCGGAGCCUCAGAAUUUCAGAUAGAGGCUGCCAUCAGCAAGAUUUUCGCCUCCGAAGCAGCCUGGACCGUGACGGACGAGUGCAUUCAGGUCAUGGGCGGAAUGGGCUUCAUGAAGGACGCAGGAGUGGAGAGGGUCAUGAGGGAUCUGAGGAUAUUCCGAAUAUUCGAGGGAACCAAUGACAUUCUCCGACUGUUCGUUUCCCUCAAUGGCUUUCAGAAUGCAGGGAAUGAACUGAAGAGUCUGCAGAGAGCACUGAAGAACCCACUGGGUAAUGCUGGCUUGCUGGUGGGAGAGAUCAGCAAGAGAGCCAAGAGGAGGGCGGGGCUUGGAACGGGGCUGACGUUGCAGGGGUCCGUCCAUCCUGAGCUGUCUGAGUCCGGAGAGCUGGCAGUGAAAGCCAUCGAGCAAUUUGGAGCUGUCACCGAGGACAUGCUGCUUAAACAUGGCAAGAGAAUCAUCGAUGAGCAGUUUGUGUUGAAGAGGGUGGCGGACUGUGCCAUUGACCUGUACGCCAUGGUAGUUGUCCUCUCCAGGGCCUCGCGUUCCCUGGCUCAGGGCCUCCCCUCUGCCCAGCACGAGAAGAUGCUCUGUGAGACCUGGUGUUUUGAGGCCCAUCAGCGGAUCAUGAAUGACAUCAAGUCUCUGAGAUCCAGCGACUCCAAGCGGAUCUUCAAGAACCUGAGAGCCAUCUCCGCGGCCGUGGUGGAGAACGGGGGCGUGGUGUCCCCGCACCCUCUGGGCUUCUGAAGUCCCGAGCGCAGCUACAACCCCUACCCCUCCGCCCCCAUCCCAGCCAGGAAGCUCGCCUGCCCCCAGCGUGUCCCCAAUGACCCCACCCUAAGGCUCAGUGUCCAGUGAAGUGAAAACAGAACUUUGAGGCACUGCUGCAUUACCAUCCGCAAACAAAUGCCUUGUGCUUCUAGUCUUCUAGAAAAGUCACAGACUUAAACAAUGCUGCAAUAACUGAUCAGCCGUAAAUACUGGAAAUUGUCUGGUUUUUUUUUUUUUUUAACCAAUUGGCUCGAUAAAGACUGAGGUCAUCGCCACUGAUGCUUUACCCAUCACUCUCAUCACUGAAACAACAUGACUUGAGCGGGAAGAAUCAACUGUGAGCCACGGCCCUGUGAUUGGGUUGAGUUCUUAAAUCACUGUAUACAUAUUAGAUACUGACUGGCUCACAUUGUAGUGUCUAGGCAGGUGAGACUCAAGUGAAUUAUUUAAUUAAAUGUUUGUCCUGUUGUUUCUGUAUAAAAUAGUGGAUCCCAGUACCUGAACUCUGUGGUUUCACUCAAUUCAGUUCUAUCACCGUGACCCUGACCACGCUGCAAUUUCUUACUUACCUGUUGAUGGUACUGUUUUGUGUAUCCAAGGUGGUGUUUGAAAA